AUGGAUACUAAUGAUGACCCCGAUGAAGACCAUCUUACAAGUUAUGAUAUUCAGCUCAGUAUUCAAGAAUCCAUUGAAGCCAGCAAGUCUGCAUUUUCUUCUGAAAGGUUUGUACCACUGAGUGAUCAAAACAGAAAACUUGUGGAAGCCAUAAAACAAGGUCACAUUCUUGAGCUCCAGGAAUAUGUGAAGUAUAAACAUGCAUUGGAUGAAGCUGAUGAAAAAGGAUGGUUUCCAUUGCAUGAAGCUGUGGUUCAACCCAUUCAACAAAUACUUGAAGUUGUUCUGGAUGCAUCCUACCAGACACUCUGGGAGUUCAAGACCUCUGAAGGAGAAACACCCUUGACUUUGGCAGUCAAAGCUGGUCUGGUGGAAAAUGUAAGAACUUUACUAGAAAAGGGAGUGUGGCCAAACACCAAAAACGACAAAGGAGAGACGCCACUUCUGAUUGCUGUAAAAAAGGGCUCCUACGACAUGGUGUUCACUCUGCUUAAACACAAUGCCAGCCUUGACCAGCCCUGCAUCAAGCGAUGGUCAGCAAUGCAUGAAGCGGCCAAACAAGGCCGCAAGGAUAUCAUAGCGCUGCUACUAAACCACGGAGGCAAUGUCCACUUGAGAGACGGAUUUGGAGUCACGCCGUUAGGUGUUGCUGCUGAGUAUGGUCACUGUGAUGUGUUGGAACACCUAAUCCACAGAGGUGGUGAUGUGUUUGCUUUGGCGGAUGAUGGGGCUUCAGUAUUGUUUGAGGCAGCAGGAGGGGGCAAUCCUGACUGCAUUUCCCUCCUGCUGGAAUAUGGAGGAAGUGGAAAUGUACCCAACAGAGCAGGGCAUCUUCCAAUACACCGAGCUGCCUAUGAGGGACAUUAUCUUGCGCUGAAGUAUCUUAUCCCAAUAACAUCCAAAAAUGCAAUCCAGAAAAGUGGGCUAACACCAAUUCACUCAGCAGCAGAUGGACAAAAUGCACAGUGCCUAGAGCUGCUUAUUGAAAGUGGCUUUGAUGUCAAUACCCUGCUUGCUGACCACAUUUCCGAGAGCUAUGAUGACGAGCGGAAGACUGCGCUCUAUUUUGCCGUUUCUAACAAUGAUAUCCAGUGCACAGAAGUCCUUCUGGCUGCAGGUGCAGACCCAAACCUAGAUCCCCUCAACUGUCUACUCGUGGCAGUGAGGGCCAAUAACCAUGAAAUUGUCCGGCUGCUUCUCUCCCACGGAGCUAACGUCAAUUGUUAUUUUAUGCGUGUGAACGACACACGUUUCCCCAGUGCCAUUCAAUAUGCCCUAAAUGACGAGGUAAUGCUGAGGCUGUUGCUGAAUAAUGGCUAUCAAGUGGAGAUGUGCUUUGACUGCAUGCAUGGGAACAUCUUUGGAAAUUCAUUUGUGUGGUCAGAGAUAGAAGAAGAGGUACUACCGGGGUGGACAUCUUGUGUAAUAAAAGAUAACCCGUUCUGUGAGUUUAUUACAGUUCCUUGGAUGAAACACUUGGUAGGCAGCGUUAUUCGUGUAUUAAUUGAUUACAUGGAUUAUAUCCCUCUGUGUGCUAAACUGAAGUCUGCACUACAAGUACAGAGAGAAUGGCCAGAAAUCCGUCAAAUACUAGAGAAUCCUUGCUCGUUAAAGCAUUUGUGUCGGUUAAAAAUUCGAAGACUUAUGGGUCUCCAACGACUCUGCCAGCCAGCCUCAAUGGAGAAGCUCUCUCUACCACCAACCAUUCGAAGAUAUAUAUUAUUUAAGGAGUAUGAUCUCUAUGGACAAGAGCUAAAAUUGCCAUAA